GAAAAGAAGUUAGAAUAAUUGAAGCAAAAGCAAUAUAUGGUACUAAUAUUAAAAGGGGUCAAAAUGUGAAAGGAAAAAAAUUCAAGAUUGUAAGGAAAAAUUAAUAAUUUGAAGAUUAUGAUGAGUAUUCUUCAAAGUGUUGAAAGUAGUGGAAGAACAUCAACUACUGAGGACAAUAAUAUUAAUGAUGAAGAUCAAGAGAUGACAAAAUUGGCAUUGGCUUCAUUUCAAGCAAGAGAAGAAGAAAUUGAGAGGAAAAAAAUGGAGGUGAAAGGAAAAGUUGAGUCUCAGCUUACUCGUGCUGAGGAAGAAACUAAGCGUUUAGUUCGUGUCUGGGAGGAGCUUGAAGUGUUGACAGAUCCAAUGAGAAAAGAAGUUGCAAUGGUACGCAAGAAAAUUGAUGUGAUUAAUCGUGAAAUUAAAUCACUUGGACAAUCAUGUCAAAAGAAGGAGAAAGAAUACAGAGAAGUCUUAGAGGCUUUCAAUGAAAAGAACAAUGAAAAAACUCAGCUAACCUCCACUCUUGUAGAGUUGGUGAAGGAAAGUGAGAAAUUCAGAAUGGGGAAGCUAGAGGAACUAAGCAAAGUUUUGAAUCCCAAACGCUAGUAAAUGUUUAACUCCAUCAUUGGCCAUUGUUGACAUGUAGAAUUAUUCACAUAUUCUCUAUGUAUCAUACAAACCAAUUUAUUUUAACUUUCACUUUAUAUCCCUUCAAAUAAUGUAUCAAAAAUUCCUUCCCUUGAUAUUGAUUUUCACCACUGUUAGAGAUUGUAAAAGAAAAAGUGAGACUUGUUUGGUUUUAGUCUUCAUCAUGUCUAUUUUACUCAUGUAAAUCCCAAGUGUCCUAAUGAAUGCGU